AUGUCCACAGGAAGCUGCCUUUGGAAUAAGGUUUCUUCUCAUGCUAGGCUUCUGACUUGCUCUAGAAUUGCUCUGAAAGGCAAGAUACAUUGUUUUCUUUGGUCCAUGGAAUUCCCAUUUUUUCAUGGAAAGAUAACAAGAAGAACCUGUGAAGAGCUGCUGAGCAAGAAGAAAAAGAAUGGCAGCUAUUUAAUACGGGAGAGUGAGAGUGUGGAAGGAGCCUUGUGUCUCUGUGUUUUUUUUGAGGACCUCAUCUACACUUACCGUAUCUUCAGAGAACACCAAGGAUAUUUUAGAAUACAGACUUCUGAAGGUGUUCCAGAGAGAACCUUCAAAACAUUAAAGGACUUAAUAUACGCAUUUGAAAAGCCAAAUCAAGGACUGAUAACAAACCUCCGCUACCCAGUGAAGAAACCUAAGGCCUUGCAAGGAAGCCAGAGGUUCAAGUCAGGAAUGGACAAUGUUUAUGAUGAAGUUGAUGACAGCGCUGAUUAUGUUGAUGUCCUACCCUGAAGGAUCUGCGCCUGAUGGUUUCAGAAGCUGCCAUUCCAGG